GCCAAAAUCAAUUUGCGGGAAGUAAACAAUGAAAAGAAACUAAACCAUGCCCACUGUAAAACCUAUGCGCUAUGCCCACAGCGAUGGCCAUACUGACGUAUGCUUUGAAGAAAGUGGAAAGUACAUGCUGACAUGUGGUCAAGAUGGAGAUGUAAGAGUUUGGGAAGGAAUUGAUGAUGAUGACGCUGUUUCUCACAAAGUUGGUGACAAAGCAUUUGCAAUUGUAUUCAAGAAUAAUCGUAUCAUUACUGCAUCUGACUGUAACACUGUUCAGGCAUAUACCUUCCCUGAAGGAGCUCCAGAUGGAAUAUUGACUCGCUUCACUGCACCUGCUAAUCAUUUGGUUGUAAAUAAAUCUGGGAAAAAACUAGUUGCAGGAGCAAGUGAUUUUGUGAUAAAGAUUGUUGAUACAGAUACAAGUAGCAGUAAGACAUAUUCAGGACAUGAGGCACCUGUUCUUAGUGUAGCUCUUGAUCCAAAAGAACAAUUCUUGGCAUCAUCAAGUUGUGAUGGAACUGUCAAAAUAUGGAAAAUUGAUGACCAAAAAGUAGUGAAAUCUCUCAAUAUUUUAUCUAAAUGCAGUGAUGUUAGUUUAUCAAAGACUUUGUGUCGUUUGUGUUGGGAAAAACAGAAGGGAGAUUUUUUAUAUAUACCAGUAGAAAAGGAAAUACAGAUAAUUGAAAGAAACACAUGGAAUAAAGUUGGCAGCAUUACAGAUGACAAUUUUUCAGGGAUUUAUUCCAUUUUAUCAAUGUCACCUGAUGGACAGUUCUUAGCAGCAGGUUGUUAUGAUGGUAAUAUUCUUGUAUUCAACAUCAAUUCAAAGACUUGUGUUGACAGGUUUAAACAUGAUAAUGGAUUUACUAUUACAGCUUUGGCUUGGAAUCCAAAUGGUAAACCAGAGAUAGCAUUCUGUGAUAUGGAGGGCCAGCUGGGGAUGCUAGAAGAUUUGUCACUGGACAGUACAGGGAAGACCAUGUCUGAAACAAGAGCAAAAGAAACCAUGGGAAUAUUUGAAGAUGAAGAUGAUGACUUUCUCAUUCAAGCAACCAAUGAAAAGUUGGCAGAUGAUGACCAGCCAAUGGAUGAAGACAAUGACAGUGAUGUAGAUACACCAAUAUCUAAAGCUAAACCACUUCCUGAUUUAGAUGAUGAAGAUUCAAGAAAGGCUGGUUCAGAUGAUGAUGAUGCUUCAAGUGCAGUAUCAGAACCAUUUACACUACCUAAACCUGUUGUACAUGUGGAAGGCUUUAAACCCACUCCAAUGCAAGGAUCAUUUCAGUCUGGAUCAACACCUGUUCAUCUUUCAAGCAGAUACAUGAUCUGGAAUUUUAUUGGUGUUAUAAAACAGUACAAUACAGAUGAAGAGAAUUCUAUUGACAUUGAAUUUCAUGAUACAGCAAUACAUCAUGCCAUGCAUGUGACAAAUACAAGUAAUUAUACCAUGGCUGAUAUGUCAUCAGAAGCUGUCAUUCUAGCCAGUGAAAGUGAUGCAGAUAAUCCAAGCAAACUUACAUGUUUACAUUUUGGUUCCUGGGAUAGCUGUAAAGAAUGGUCAAUACAAAUGCCAGAUUCUGAAGAUAUACAGGCAGUUACAAUAGGGGAAGAUUGGAUUGCUGUAGCAACAUAUGCCAGAAAUGUACGACUGUUUACAAUAGCAGGAGUUCAGAAAGAGAUGUUUAGUAUACCAGGUCCUGUUGUAUGUAUUACUGCUCAUACCAAUCAGUUGAUGGUGGUGUAUCACAAAGGAUUAGCUAUUCCAGGAGACCAGUGUCUUGGUACAAUAUUAAUGACUGUUGAGGGGAAAAGACGUAACAUUCUUAAUGGUAAACCUCUUCCUCUGUCUCCAAAGUCAACUCUAGCAUGGAUGGGAUUUUCUGCAGAGGGAACUCCUUUUCAUAUGGACUCAUUAGGUAUUGUUAGAAUGUUCAACAGAAAUUUUGGACCCAACUGGAUACAGGUUGCCAACACAAAGUCACAUACAAAAGGCAAGUCAGAUCACUACUGGAUCGUAGGAGUUAAUGAAAAUCCACAACAGCUCAGAUGUAUACCAUGUAAAGGAUCUAGAUACCCACCUACUCUACCUCGUCCUGCAGUCUCAGUUCUACCUUUCCAGUUACCAUUGUGUGAAAUGCAUACAGAAAAAAGUCAAUAUGAAGAAACCUUCUUCAGAACUCAUCUAUUUGCCAACCAUUUUGACCACUGGACAUCACAGGGAUUUGAGUUUGAUGGUGGAUUGAAACAUGAAGCAUUAAAACCUUCACAAGAGGCUCUAAUGAAAUUGUUUGCUCUGUCAGCCAGAUCAGAGCGAGAAUUCCGAGCAUUGGAAGUAUGUGAGAUGAUGCCAGACGAGCACACUCUACAGUUAGCCAUUAAAUAUGCAAGUCGACUUAAACACAUACAAUUGGCAGAGAGAAUCAGUGAGUUGGCAAUGAGAAAGUCUGAGGAAACAGCACAAGAAGAAGACAUCGAAGAAGAGCAAGAAGAUUUCAGAACAGAAAUGUACAAUCAACAUAACCAUGUUGAAACAGAAUGGUCACAUACCAAUGGUAAUACACAAGAUGAAGAGGAAGAGCCUGCCAUAUCUGGUCCGAUGUUGAACAUUAAAGAGAGAGAAGAAAAACCUGCAAGACCUUCAUUUUUGUCUCAAGGAAGAUCAAAUCCUUUCAAGGUUUCAUCAUCUCAACAGAAGUCAACUGGAGGAAGCAGUAGAGGAACACAAGUCUUUGAUGCUAUGAGUAAAAAGAAACCAGAGAAAGUUGCUCCGCAAGUCAUCAUAAAAAAUUCUAAACCUGUACUGAAAAAGAGUUCAUCUUCACAACAAAAGCUGUUAACAGCAAAGAAAUCUGAAAAAGAAGAAAUGUCUAAAACUCCUACAGCUCCAAGUACAAAAACAGCAUCAGCAUUUGAUUUGUGGUAUGAGGAUAAUAAGACAGAAUUAUUAGAUGAGUUCCCAGACUUGUCUGAAGAAGACCUAACUCAAGUAGCAACCGAAAGAUUUAGAGAAUUAUCAAAAGAGCAGAGACAGGAAUGGUUGCAGAAAGCAAAACAGUUAAAAUCUGAGAACACAGAAAACACAGACAAUAAAAAGAGAAAAAGAGAUGAAGAUUCAGACUCUGCUUCAAAAAAGAAAAAAGAAAUCUCAAAGCCUUUAUCAUCAAACUCUAACACUAAACUAGCUGGGUUUGCAUUCAGUAAAGAAUGAUUUUUGAAUAAAAGCUGAUUUUUUAACAAAAAUUAUAAAACAAAUUUGUGUACAAAACUGUCUAAUAUAAUACUUUGCAGCCGUAUUUGUGUGUCAUUUUUUUUCCACACUAAUGUGGCUGAAAAUGAGAUAUGUGUCCAUGUCAUUAAUUCUUUGAUUUAAGCUUUAUUUAUUUCAGAAGGUCGUAAUUUUGAUAAGCUAUAUCUUUUAUACAAAUGUCAUUAAAUCUUGGAUUAUUUGUUGUUUUGGUUAUCUUUUCUGUUGAUAAUAUAACCUGUAGAAUUAUUUGUUAUAUGUUUUAAAACUCCAUUUUCAUGUUCUUUGAUUAAUUUGAAAUUUUUAUAAUUAAUUUGUAUUUUCAAUUACUAUGAAUAAGUUGUAUGUGUAGGUUUGAUAGGAUUUGACCCAUGGUUCAUUGUUCAUUGAACACUAUUUAUUUUUUCUGCUUAUGUUAGUUUUUCAGUUACUAAGUUCAACUGUAUUUGUUUUAUAGAAUCAUUGUAUAAUUAAAUUUCUGUUUGACAGGUGUCACCUGUCCUUGAUAUCUUUUUCAUGGUUCAUUGAUUCACAUGCAUUGUUUUUUAUUCCCCAUUUUAAGUUAGACAUAAUAUGGAUAGUCAGUUAUUUUUAUCUGGUCACUAUGCGACUGGACGUUAAGCAACCAACAAUCAUCAUAGCAACUACAUGUCAUAGCUUAUUGAUACAUGGCACCAAGCUUUAGACAGUGUUAUACUUUAUGAGGAAAUGCUCACAGUACAUAUUUUUUAAACAUGGGCAUACAGGAUAACUGUGAUCAAUUAGACUUUCAACAUAAUAUGUCAUGAUCAAUUAUACAGGCAAGCUGUAUCAGUAUGUCUACUAUUGUUGCAUCAAAGAAUUGACAAAAGAUUAAUUGCAAUUUUUGCUAUGUUGAUAUAUUAUUUAUUUUUGAAUAUUGUUAUAUUACAUAUUUUUAAGAUUACAUUUAUAUAUUUAAAGUAAGUAUUCUUCUGUUAAAUCUGUCAAGGCUAUUACCCUUGGGAACUGGAGGCAUUUUUUGAUGAAAACAAAAUUGAAUACUGUGGAUUCAUUAAUAUUCGUUGGAUACUAAUUUUCGUGGAUUUCGUGGGUACAGGGGAACCACGAAUUUAAAUGUUCAACGAAUUACAAAUUUUCUUUAGGAAUGUAUGCAGACUUUGCCAAAACCACGAAUUUAAAUAUCCACGAAUAUGCAAGUUUUCCUCAAUCCACGAAAAUUGGUACCCACGAAAAUAAAUGAAUCCACAGUAUGUUUUAUAGAAAUGUUCAAUUUUAUAGAUUGAAUUCUAGAUCCUGUAGAGUAAAGUUCAGACAGUGUUACUGCAUAUAUUUAUUUAAAUUGCUGCAAUACAUGUACUAUCAGAUGUGCUAACAAAAUAAACAUUCAUUUGAAUCCUAUUUUUAGCUCACCUGACCUGAAAGGUCAAGUGAGCUUUUCUCAUCACUUGGCGUCCGUCGUCCGUAAACUUUUACAAAAAUCUUCUCCUCUGAAACUACUGGGCCAAAUGCACCCAAACUUAAACACAAUCAUCAUUCAAGUAUCUAGUUUAAAAAAUGUGUCCGAUGACCCCACCUGCCAACCAACAUGGCUGACAUGGCUAAAAAUAGAACAUAGGGGUAAAAAUGCAGUUUUUGGCUUAUAUCUCUGAAACUAAAGCAUUUAGAGCAAAUCUGACUGGGUAAAAAUGUUCAUCAGGUUAAGAUCUAUCUGCCCUGAAAUUUUCAGAUGAAUCGGACAACCCGUUGUUGGGUUGCUGCCCCUGAAUUGGUAAUUUUAAGGAAAUUUUGCUGUUUUUGGUUAUUAUCUUGAAUAUUAUUAUAGAUAGAGAUAAACUGUAAACAGCAAUAAUGUUCAGCAAAGUAAGAUCUACAAAUAAGUCAA